GGGCCACAGACAUAUAUUACCCGAGUGGCCAUGACCACUACUCUUUGUGAAAACAAUGAGGCCGUGGUGCCAGUGGUUUGCCGUCGUGCUAGCCUAGUAAUACUAGUGCUGGCCUGCGAGACUCGCCACUGUAUGUACAUGCUACCUCAUGAGCUCGCCGUCAACGCGAGCAAUGUUGAGCCUCAGUGGUAGUGGCACGCGCGGCCUUGCGG